GCCGACGUUCAUUUCAUAUUCUAUCAGUGUAUUUUGGUCCAAAUGGGACGCACGAUAGAGCCACGUCUCCGCCCUGAUCUGUCCUUUAGCGCCCUGCCUCUUUCCAGCGAAUCAGUAAAAGGUUUUUUGGAGCAGCGGUGGGGAGUUUCAACAGGGAAAGGAAGGCAAGAAGUGAAUGACUACUAGAGGAAUAACUCAACAACACCGCCCAGUUGGCGGACAUUUAUCACGGUGGUCACGUUUUAAGGCUUUUAAAUGUAGAGUUUUCAGGUAUAACCUGGUGCGCUCCGUUAUUUAUUUUGAGUGGGGGACUUUUCAUUUGCAGAAAUGGAAAGUGUGCAGGCUCUUGCUGAGGAUGGAGCGUCAGAUGGAGGCGCAACCAAGUUAAUGAAGAAGCCCAACGGACUGUCUGUCGCCCGGGGGACUCCAGCGGAUGAUGGCGGUGGACGGUUGGCACCCUCCCGCGUAGAGGCAAAGAACGGUAAUAGUCUUUUUCAUUCCGUCUCCACGGCUGGGUCUAGUGCGUCAAACCGAGCUGUGGCGUCUAAUGGCCGGAGCUCAUCCAGUAACUCCAGCUCUCUUCUGUUGAGACGGCGGCGUUUGAAGAGGAACCUCUCCGCCGCAGCUGCACCCACCGCCACCUCAACUGUCACUGCCGCCUGCAGCGCAAAGAUGAGCUCGGCCCUGUCCUCUGCCUCUCUACAUACUCGGAGUCUGGAUAGGAAGACUCUCUUGAAGCACCGACAGAACAUGCAACUGCAGCCCGCAGAUCGCGAGUGGGUAAGAGCGGAUCUUCACCGGGGCUGCAUACAUGUAAACGAUAGACUGACGUCUUCAUAUCCCAGGCCGGUUCUUUGCACUAUGGACACCACAGCCGGCGAGAUGGCACUCCGACUGAGUAAACUCUGCAGCAAGUCUAGCUCUGUUAUACGCUUUUUUGGUAAAGAUAACUCUAAGACCGACCAAAAUGGUAACUGCAAUAUGAAGUAUGACUAUAAUGAUAAUUCAAGCAAAGUGAAAGAAGACUCAAGUGAAAAAGGCAACCACCUGUCUCUCCUGGAAUCCACAGAAUUAAGGGGCCAUCCGAGUGACAGGUUGAGACUGCUGCUCAUGGAGAAUGCAGCCGAUAGGCAAAAGCAACAGGACAUUGAUGGAAAACUUUUCACCCCAGAAUCAGAAUCACAAGACAAUAUAACCUGUUCGCUAUCAGACUUAAAUUCUAACAUGGAUACCCCUAAUGAUGAUGAUUUGGAGCACAGGAAUGGCAUGGACAGCUAUGGAUUGAACUCGGGCUCAGAUGUAGAGAGCAGUGCAUUUGAUGACCUGAGCUCUGGGGCCCGACUUAGUGAACACAGGGACUCCCUUAGUGAUGAUAUGAUUCUGGGAACUGAGGCAUCCAUCCUCAGUCCCUCCUUUGAUAGUGCCACAGAGGGCAAUGAUAUGUACGGAAGCUCAUCAGAUGAAUUGGAGCUUGACUGUCCUGUGUCAAGUACUGGAAUGGACACCAUUUCCCAACACCACACUAACGGCAUCACUGCCGUCACUGCCAACUACCAGCAGUGUCAUUUGAAUGACAUGCCAAACAAUAUCGGACAAGAAAUCAGACUCAACCCACACAGUCUCGGCAGCUUGCCACUCAGCAGUAGUGCCGGCUCAUUGUCAAGAACCUGUUCUGCAGGUAAUACACCUGAUAUCCAAGAUCCGGACUAUGGCCAAGGUGCUAUAAAAUCAGAGCUGACAGCACACCACAAUUCUGAUUCCAGCCCCACACUCUAUGUUCAGCUGCAUGGUGAAGCUGUGAGGAGGCUAAGUCCAGAUGAGAGGCCUUUGCAGAUCCAGAAUGACUUUCUCUUUAAGCUUGGAUUUAAGGACCCUUGGAGAGUUCAAGAGGAAGGGCUUAACACGGAAAUCGGCUCCUUGUUACGUUUUUAUGCAGGUAAGCCCCAAAGUGUUGAGAGCUCAGAGCGGGUACAGCUGUCGGGGACCUACAACGUUCGGAAAGGGAAGCUCCAGCUACCAGUCAACCGCUGGACCAGACGGCAAGUUAUCCUGUGCGGCACCUGCCUCAUCGUCUCCUCUGUCAAGGAGAGCCAGACAGGAAAGAUGCACAUCCUGCCGCUCAUUGGAGGAAAAGUGGAGGAGGUGAAGAAGCACAAUCACUGUUUGGCCUUCAGCUCAGCAGGGCCUCAGAGUCAAACCUACUACGUCAGCUUUGACAGCUUCACGGAGCACCUUCGGUGGCACAGACAUGCUGCAAAGAUGGUGUCCCAGAGAAUCAACUCAGUAGAUUUAUCCUGCUGCAGUCUGGAACAUCUUCCAUCCAAUCUCUUCUAUAGCCACGACCUCACCCACCUCAACCUUAAACACAACUUCCUGCCUGCAGACCAGCGCCUUCAACAGCUACAGAGGUUUUCUCGUCUGCGGAGCCUCAACUUGUCCAACAACCACCUCGGUCAGUUUCCGCUGGCCAUCUGUGACAUCCCCACCCUGACAGAGGUUAACCUCGGCUGUAACUACCUGGCCUCUGUCCCCAGCUCUGUGGGCGCCAUGUCCAAUUUGCAGACGUUCCUGUUAGAUGGUAACAGCUUAAGUGACCUGCCCUCUGAGCUGGGUUCCUUGCAGAGGCUGAGUUAUUUAGGCCUUUCCUUCAACCAGUUUGACCACGUGCCCCAGGUGCUUGAGCGGUUGGCCUCUAUGGAGAAGCUGUGCAUGGCUGGCAACCAUCUGGAAACACUCAUCCUGCAGAAUUUCAGACUGCUUCAUGUCAAACACAUUGAUCUCAGGUUGAAUAAGAUCUCCGUCAUGGUGCCAGAUGAGCCUGACCUGCUGAGGCAUGUGACCCAGCUGGAUGUGAGGGAUAACAGACUGACCAACCUGGAUGCCUCGGUCUUUCCCAGGCUGGAGGUGCUUCACUGUGAGAGGAACCACAUCACCAGUCUCAGAGUCAAGGGUUGCUUGCUCAAAGGCAUCUACGCCUCUAACAACGAGCUACGACAGCUGGAUGUCAAUCCUGUGCCCUCCAAUCUUAGUUACAUGGAUAUCUCGAGGAACCAUAUGGAGUCUUUGCCAGAUUGGCUGUGUGAAGCAAAGAAACUGGAAGUUCUGGAUGUGAGCCACAACCUCGUCACUGAGCUCCCAUCGAGGUUGCUGUGCAGCAACAGUCUGAGGAAACUCAGUGCAGGACAUAACCAGUUACAGAAGCUGCCUGAAAGAGUGGAGCGCCCUCUGCUGGAGGUUUUAGAUGUUCAGCACAAUCAACUAGUGGAGCUACCCUGCAACCUGUUCCUCAAAUCUGACAGCUUACGGUCCUUAAAUGCAUCAGCUAAUAAGCUGGAGCAUCUGCCACCAUCCAGUCUAUCAGAGGAAAGCCACAGCAUCCUGCAGGAACUCUACCUGACGAAUAACUGGCUCACAGACAAGUGUGUGCCCAUGCUUACAGGCCACACACACCUCCGAGUUUUGCACAUGGCCUACAACCACCUCCAAACCUUCCCAGCCAGUAAAAUGGCCAAGCUGGAGGAGUUGGAGGAGGUAGACCUGAGUGGAAACAUGCUAAAGACCAUCCCCACCACCAUUAUGAACUGCCGAAAGAUGCACACACUCAUCGCACACUCCAACGCCAUUGAGGUCUUUCCUGAGGUCAUGCAGCUGAUGGAGAUGAAAUGUGUGGAUCUAAGCUGUAAUGAGUUGAGUGAGAUCACUCUACCAGAGAAUUUGCCUCCAAAACUUCAGGAGCUGGACCUUACUGGAAAUCCUCGUCUCAACCUGGACCACAAGACACUCGAGCAGCUUAAUAAUAUUCGCUGCUUCCGUAUUGAUCCACCUCCAACCUUUUCAUCGAAUGAGGCAUCUGGUGGGCCUGCUGUGUGGAGUCAUGGUUACACAGAAUUCUCAGGUGUUAAGAACAAGCUCUGUGUUGCAGCUCUUUCUGUGAACAGUUUCUGUGGAAGUCGUGAAGCUCUGUACGGUGUGUUUGAUGGAGACAGGAACGUGGAAGUGCCCUAUCUUCUGCAGUGCACAAUGAAUGAUGUACUGGCUGAAGAACUGCACAAGACAAAGAGCGAAGAAGACUACAUGACCAACACCUUCCUCGUGAUGCAAAGGAAACUUGGAACUGCAGGACAAAAACUUGGUGGCUCUGCAGCUCUGUGUCACAUUCGCCACGAUCCAACUGACCCCAGUGGGUGCUUCACUCUCACAGCUGCUAAUGUGGGAAAGUGCCAGGCCAUCUUGUGCCGCGACGGAAAGCCGUUGUCACUGUCACUGCUUCACAAUGUGGGGCUUGAAGACGAAUACCGCAGGAUCAGGCAGCACAAAGCUAUCGUCACUGAGGACAACAAGGUAAACGGGGUGACUGAUUCCACACGGAUAAUGGGCUACUCCUUCCUUUACCCCUCCGUCAUCCCUUGUCCCUAUGUGCAGACAGUUACUCUUACCCCUCAGGAUGAAUUUUUUAUUCUGGGUAGCCGUGGACUCUGGGACGCUGUGUCUCCCUCUGAGGCUGUAGAAGCUGUUCGGAACGUCCCCGAUGGCCUGGCUGCUGCUAAAAAGCUGUGCACGCUGGCGCAGGGCUAUGGCUGCACUGACAGCCUUAGCGCUGUUGUGGUCCAGCUAAGUGUGAGUGAAGACUGCUGUUCCUGCUGUUGUUCUGAGCCUUCCCAUCCUCCUCCUAGCCCUGGCUUGGGACCCUAUCCUCCAUCGUCCUCCGCCAUCAAGGAGCGACCAUCAGAUGGUUCCCUCCCUGUACCCCCUUCCUCCUGCAGUGAAAUCAGCAGUGAGAUCAGCACCAGUGAGAUGAGCAGUGAGGUGGGCUCCACAGCCUCAUCUGAUGAGCCUCCACAGAGCUCCCUAGUUGUUCUGCAGGAGCAGUCCCACCACACUCAUAUCCAUCUGCACCAUCAUGCUCACUUGAUGUCCCUACAGCACCAACAGGCUCAAACAUCUACUCAGCCUUGCCAGUAUCUACUCCCUGGUUCAGAGCUGCCUUCUUCCCGCAGCUGCUGUGCCCUUCACCCUGCCUGCUUAGCGGGCUCCUUUCAGAGGCAGCUGUCUAGCGCCACGUUCUCCAGCGCCUUGUCGGACAAUGGGCUGGACAGUGAAGACGAAGAGCCCAUUGCUGGUGUUUUCUCUAACGGGAGCCGUGUAGAAGUGGAAGCAGAUGUGCACUGUCUCAAAGCAGAGCUGUCAUUGUCCUCAUCCCCACAAACAUCAUUACCCUCAUCUUCAAUCCAGGAACGCUCCCUGCUUACGCUCCCCCCUCCACCUCCACCACCAUGCACCCCAGAACCUCUAGAGGAAGGGCCAGAUAUGAACCAGGGGGAGGCUGAGAAUGGGCUUGACAGGGAUGAAUCAUGGCAAGGUGUUGGAGGUGGUGACGUAGGAAAGUUGGCAGGCAAGAGGAGGGUCAAUGGGUCGGUGGCACGGCAGGAAAAGAGUCACAACCUUAUUGAGGUGGCAGCUGAUGCUCCCUCUAAGAAGUCAGGCGGUUACUUCACGGCUCCAGCUCAGCCUGACCCCGAUGACCAGUUCAUCAUCCCCCCUGAACUGGAGGAGGAGGUAAAGGAAAUCAUGAAGCAGCAUCAGCAGAAACAGCAGAAACCGCCAGGGACAGAUCAACCCACAGACUACUACGACACACCCCUUUGAGCAACAGCUCCAUCAGCUACAGCCUCAUCUCCUUUACAGUAAUCUACAUGUACACAAACAAAAGGGUUUUCUCAAGAAACUGUAAAAUGUACAUGAGAAAGUUUGUUCCAGCUUUUUCUAGACAGACGCCCAUCCUCUCCACAGCCUAAUCAUUGGAGAAUCAACCUCUGCAACCUCUCAUAGAGUUAAACAAGCAAACAAGCCCUUUAAUGAUAGUCAACCCACUUGAAUAGCCAGUGGACAUACACUCAAAUGUCCAUGGUUGUGCCCUUCUUACAGAUUGUGUAACAAUAUUUUUACAGUAGACAACCAGCUGAGUAUGUAAUCAACACUAGUCUAUUUGCAAUAGCAUUAGCUUGCUACAACACUUGUUAACAUGGAGAACCGUUCCAUGGUUUGUUUGUUUUAUAAGAACUUACCAUAUCUUCUAAUGUGAAAGCAAUGAAGUUGCUGACAAAACUUUUUGAAACCAGAGACACAUAAUCUUUUUAUUACCCAUGAACUAUGUUGAAUGGUACAUCGUUAAUACCACACCUAACUGUUGUAGAUAGGGCACUUAAAAUACUGUAUUUCUUCAGUAAAUCGUGGCUCUUAGCCUGUAAAAUGACUUAGAAAUUUUUGUAGAAAUUUGCAAUACUAACUCCUAGGAGUUGCAUACUCUUUAUGGUGACUCAGUCACUUUUACUAAUCUUCUCUGAGAGAAAUGGUGAUUUUUUUUCCAAUGAUUGUAAAUAAGAGAAAUGUUGUAUACUGAUGCUUUCAAAGGAACUGCAUACCUGUAUGUCGGUGAAGGUUUUAGUGGUGGGGAGGAUGUUUUGUUUGUCGUUAUGGAGGUGUCACCCCCUUUAUCUUACAGUGUAGACCCACAAAUACAACACACACACACACACACAUACAUACAUAAAUGUAAAUGUGCAAUUACAGGACAGAAACCAACAUUCCAUACAAUAUAACUACACUAAGUCGCUAUGGUUUGCUCCACUUUCUUUAACUGUGAUGUCCGGUAGUCAUCACUAUAUCUAUUGAACACUAAUAGAUCUGUGCAUGCACACACUCAAACAUACGGACAUUAUGGACACAAAAACACACACAUAUAAUAGUGGUCCCACCUCCCUCCUACAACUGUUAUCACCGGCAUGACUGUGUGAAGUUCAGAAAUACAAUUAUAUCCACAUUGAAGAGAAAACACAAAUGUUCCUGUCUUUGGUAUAAUAAAUUUUAAAUUUGCAAAUAUAAAUUA